UGGCGUUUGCUAUCACAGGGCACAUAUAAACUCACAGCUGAAGCACAGAGAAAGCACUCAGCCAAUACACUGAAGGCGGCUGCUCUAACUGGAAGUCUUGCACUCUGAAGAGACUUACGGGGCCGUUACAAGACACCUACAACAGGAACACCCCAACAAAAAGUGAACCCCAGCCCCAUCCUCCUGGCUGGUGGAGAAGCAGCUGGGAAAGCACAGCUCUGACCUCAGAUAAACCUGCUGGGCUACUUCAAAAGAAGUGACUGCAAUCGGGUGAAGCAAGCAAGCAGGAGGAUGGCAGAAAUGGAGAUGACCAAGGCCUGCCUGCUCAUGAACGGCAGCUGUAUGGGAAGUCAGGAAUGCAAAGCCGACAGCUCAUGGAUUCUUCCCAACUUGCCCAGCAAGUGCAUGUGGACAGCUGCAACGCCUUCCAACAAGUCUCCACACUCCUGUAUACCCUUACCAGAAGAAACAAAGAUCUUGCCCAACAUCCUGAAGAAAAUUGGCUGUACCCCAAUGGUCCGAGUCAACAAGAUCGGGAAGUCCUAUGGGCUCAAGUGUGAGCUCUUGGCAAAAUGCGAGUACUUCAACGCGGGGGGCAGCGUGAAGGACCGCAUCAGCCUGAGGAUGGUGGAGGACGCGGAGAGAGCGGGGAUCAUCAAGCCGGGAGACACGCUGAUCGAGCCCACCUCGGGGAACACGGGAAUCGGGCUGGCACUGGUAGCUGCAGUGAAAGGUUACCGCUGCAUCGUCGUCUUGCCGGAGAAGAUGAGCAUGGAAAAGGUCGAUAUCCUGAAGGCGCUGGGCGUUGAAAUCGUGAGGACCCCCUGCACCCGCUUCGAUGCCCCGGAGUCCAACAUUCGCGUUGCCUGGAAGCUGAAAAGUGAAAUCCCAAACUCGCACAUUCUGGACCAGUACCGAAAUCCAAGCAACCCCCUGGCUCAUUACGACACCACCGCCGAGGAGAUCCUGGAGCAGUGCGAAGGCAAGGUCCACAUGGUGGUGAUUGGAUCUGGCACAGGAGGCACCGUCACCGGCGUUGCCAGGAAGCUGAAGGAGAAGUGCCCAGAGUGCAAAAUCAUCGGCGUAGACCCCGACGGCUCCAUCGUCGCUCUGCCCUGUGAGCUGAACAGGACGAACAACACCACCAUAGAGGUGGAGGGCAUUGGCCAUGACUUCAUCCCUACUGUCCUGGACAGAUCUGUGGUUGAUCAGUGGUAUAAAUGCAACGACAGAGACUCGUUCCUCAUGGCUCGCAGGCUGAUCAGAGAGGAGGGAUUACUGUGCGGCGGCAGCUCGGGCAGCGCCAUGUCCGUCGCCGUGCGGGCAGCCAAAGACCUGAAGGAGGGUCAGCGCUGCGUCGUCAUCCUGCCCGACUCCGUCAGGAACUACAUGUCCAAGUUCGUGAAUGAUAAAUGGAUGAUAAAAAACGGGUUCCUAAAUGAUGUCCAGGAGCAUAAGCCUUGGUGGUGGAACAUCAAGGUGCAGAAACUGAAUCUCUCAGCCCCUCUCAUUCUUCUCCCAGAAGUCAGCUGCCAAAAGGCGAUUGAAAUCCUGCAGGAGAAGGGAUACGACCAGGCUCCCGUCGUUGCUGAAUCAGGACUCAUUUUGGGAAUGGUGACCCUCAGCAACACCCUCACCUCGGUGCGGGCUGGAAACGCACAGUUCUCAGACCCCGUUACGAAAGUCAUCUACGACCAGUUCUCAAAGAUUGGCCUAGAAGACAGCCUUGGGAAGCUUUCCAGCAUCCUGGAGAAUGACCACUUUGCUAUCGUUGUGCACACGCAAAUGCAGUUUAACGGAAAUGGCAGCUCCUUCAUGAAGCAGAUGGUGUUUGGUGUGGUCACCGCGAUGGACCUCCUCACCUUCGUCAGCAGAAACGACAAGAAGUAGGGCAGCAGCCUGGCUGCCCCGAGCCCCGUGCCUCCGGCAGGGUCAGCUGCUCCUCCUGAGCCCGAAACACGCGGCUGAAGAUAUUUUGUGGUCUAAUCCAUCUGAUAGUUUCUCAAAAUCAGUGAAAAUUGUAAUGUAAUAACCGCCUGUCCGCUAAAUGCCACCCAGAGUAUCACUAAAGAGAAGCUAACCAAAGAAAUGCCGUUUGAUAGCCAUGUGUGGUUACACGGAGCUGCCCAGGGCUGACGAGGUAACGAGGGGGUAGGGAUAGGGUGGGGGUUUAUGGUUACCCAGAUUUUGCCUGGUUUGGGGUUUUGCUGUGUCUGCUGGCAGUAGCACUGAGGCCUCACAGCUGCCACGAGGAGGAGGAGGUCCCACCAGGGCUGGAGCCCAGCUCCAACACGAGAAGCUCGAGCCCUCCUGAGGGCUGGGGACACCACAUCACACCCUCCUGCCCCUCGCCACCUCUCAUAGCAGGGACAAAACCCACACAGGGCUGCAGGAAACAGCAAAAAAACACCAAAACCCAGGUCCUGCUGUGUGGGCAAGGAGGGAGCUGCUUCCUCCUCAUGGACAAGGAGGGACAGAGCCUGGAGGUGUAGUGGGGUGGGAUGUGGACCCCCACUAAGCACGGGGAGGGAAGGGACAUCCAGGGGCUGUGCCGGGCAGGGGAUGGGGGGUGGAAAGAGGGGCGAGGGGCUGGGCAGGAGGGGAAGGAGAGCUCCUGGAGGACCUGCAGGCCCUCGGAAAGCUCCCAGCUAGGGCCUGGAGGGCUGGUGGCACUGGGGCCUGCCACACAUCCCCUGAGAAGGGGAGGCUGGUUCUGAGGAUGUGAUAACAGGGCGGGGAGAUACGGCCACGUCCCAAUUUCCUGCGUUAUUCAUCUCAUGAAUAUUCACCCCGCGAGCUCACUAUCAAGGGAGCAAAGGGGAAGGAGAGGCUGAUCUUCCUUUUGCUGUCGGAGUGUUGUGUUCCGGGAACUGAUAACGAAGGUCAGGAGGGCCAUUUGCCGCCGCAAAAAAAUGUAAAUGAAAUCAGAUGUGAAAGGAGCGCUGUGGGAACCGGCUGAAUUGCUGGGGGAGUUGCUCUCAAAACAUGCCAAGAGCUUCGCAGUCUUUCCGUAAGUCUUGGGAACUGCUACAAGGGGACAACAACCACUGCUAAGUGCUCAGUCCGUAUUUUGGAUCUAAUCUAGUUUGUAUGAGAUUUUUAUUAAAUUAUAGAAUGCUCAAGCAUGUAUCGUUGGGAAUGGUGUCCCUGCUGUCUUUUGUUCCCUGAGUUACACACACUAGAUCGGAUCUGCAAGUUUUUGGUUGAGUUAAUCACCAUAUUUGUCUGGAAAAAAAAAAAAAAAAA